AUGGAGCCUAGGUCACACAGCCGCAGCGUUAAAGGCACACACAGCAGCACUGCACCAGCGGCAAAUGCGGACAGGAAAAAAUUGCAGACGACUGAUGCAAAGCUGUCCUCUGGUGUGUCUGCGCCAGCGUCAACAAGUGGCACCCGGCCUGCGUCGUCGUCCAGGCUGCGCUCGUCUCAACGGCAAGGAAAGCGCCAGGUGUCGUCCUCUUUCUCCCCUGUGCGUAUCAGAGGCACGAAUGGAAAUGGCAGCACUGUCAUGGAGAUGUCGAAGAUCACUGCCAACUCCCUCGCCUCUAUCAACCACAGCCUUUUCACGCAGGCUAAGCUGACAUCAAAGCAGAUCCGCAGUCGCAUUCUGAAGGAAUACCUGCAAGCACACAGCGCCGGUGCGCGCCUGAUUGAGAACCAGUGGGCGGAAGAGUACCAAACCAUCUGGCAGAGCUUCCUGGACGCAUCGUACACUCCACAAAGUCGCGAAAUUAAGCGCCUACUAGGCCACACUCAGCUAGUGGAGUUGACGUGCCAGCAGAAGCUACAGCACGCCCAUACAGUGACCUACUGUGCCCUGAGUGGCAUUGAGCAGUUGGUGCAGCGUAUCACGGACGCUGGCACGUGUAUUCGCAAUGACACCAACGUGUUGGCAGAGAAACCAGACCUGUUUCUUGGUCCCACUGACGCCAAAGAAUUGUGUCAGCAUGCGAUGAGAAACGGAAGCGCUGCAUCGGCAACCAUGCACGUGCGCGGCAACCCGAGGCCUGAGGUAUGUGGCAUCGAUGUAGUCCUUUCUGAUCCCCAUCCAUUGGCGUUUCAGAUCUCACAGGCGGACCACGAUGAGCGUGAGCGACUUAGCCGCCUCUUCAACAGCGUUCUUGACAGCAUUGGCGCUGACAGCGAGGAGAGAAGCGUCGGCGGCUCAACAUCUAGCAUGUACGGCACUAUUCAGGCGGCCAGUGCGUUAGGGACGCAGUCCACGACGGACUGCCCUCUACCGAUGCCGCACAGCCGUAAUGAGGGGGACUCGGCUCGAUGCACUGAGUGCUCCUCACCCACCCCACCCUCGACGCGUUGGCAGUGCCGCCAAGACGAUCUGGAGCGCGUUGAAGCCAAGCGUGAUGACAGCAGUCUGGGGAAUCUACAACCGGAGCGCACACAGUACGUGCGCGACCUGCAGAGCCAGCUCGACGCGCUUGGUGUGGGCUUUGUACAGCUCAUGAAUCGCAUUCAGGCCCAACACCAGCGGUAUCAGCACACGAUCGCCUCUCAGCAGGUGGUGCUAGAUUCGCAAGCCACACGACUGAAGCUUGCCGACGAUGUUCUUCGCAACACCGUGGCACAGGGACAGAUCGAAGCGCUGAGCGCUGUGGCUGCCGCUAAGCAGCUCUCGCUGGAGUUGCGUGAGCGGAUGGAUGUCAGCGAGAGAAACAUGAACGCAGCACUUCAGGCACUCAUCGAGCAGAGCGCAGAGGUCUGCUUUGACAAGAAUGUCCUGAAGGAGUACGACUCGCGCACUACCGAGAAAGAGAACUGCCUCUGCGCGUUCAUGACGCGCAUGGAGCGGCAGGCAGUGGAGCAGGCUGAUGUGCUGCGGAAAGCGCAAGAUGGGGUCGAAGAAAUCUGGCAGCUGCGAGAGCAGUGGUUACUCCAGCUCUCGUCUGGGGCAGCGAGCGAGGCUGGUGUGAUCCUCAGAGAACCUCAGGCAGCCGCCCGGAAUGUGACACCCCUUCCCCCUCCUUACGGGGCAAAAUUGAAAGAGUGUGAUCGAGCGACCCUUCUCGCGUUCCUCGAACGUCUCACCAUGCAUUGCCCCAAGGCUACCACGCAUGUCAUUUCGGCUCUUGAUGAACACGAGGUCUUCUGCGCUAGGCACCCGCAAGAGGCGGCCGCCUCGCGAGAGCAGCUGGCACGUACAGCUGCCGUGGUGCAACUCCUUCAAAAACUGGACGAGGAAGGGCGACUGCACUGCAGUGCACAUCACACGAGUGAGGCUCUUUCUGUGCGUCUUCGUCGACUUGUUGAGCAACACGAUGCCUACAUGGACUUUAACGAGACCUACGCACGGGCGCUGGUGCGGCAAGCGGAUGCAGAGCGGCGGCAAUACGCACCGGACACAGUCGCCUUCUUCGACUCUCGUACGCCUGUGCCGGAGCAAGUAAGCAGCGUCGCGAGUAGGCGAGUCACACCUGUUAGGGUGCAAACGAAUGGAGAAAAUCAUAGUGGCGCCACGUCGUCUUCAGCAGCAGCGCUGUACUCUGCCGCGGAGCUCAAGACAAAUUUGCCGGCACUGCCAAAGAUGCCAUACCUCAGCAUCUGGACGCGCAAGCAGCAGGAGCUACAAGAGCAGCAGUACGCGGCAGGUGCCGUGAUUGGCGGCGCGAGCAGCAGCACCGUCGGCGCCGUUGUGGGCUAUCUGGAACGUUACCCGUCCUGUUUAGCCGCUCCUACGGCUGCGACAAGAGUUGCGGCGCCCUCGGCCGACUUGUUCGAAGCGAUCCCCUCGUCGACGCGGUCACGACUGCACACGGCAAUUAGCGCGUCCGCCCUCACGUGUGUCUCCGCAAGUAACCUCCCUCCGCCGAUUCCACCGCGCAAAGGGUUGGCGUCCUACGUCAUAUCCACGUGUGGUUCGUCAACGGAAAACACUGAGGGUAGUGCUGCCACGGCACGGCAACAGCAGCCAGAGAAAGAGGAACACACAGUCACGAAAGAGAAACGUAAACCCCUCAUGCUCUUCCGCGGAGGCGAUCACCAAUUCAUUCAGCGGGAGCGCGAGAUGUUUGUGCAGGAAGACUGA